AUGAUGGCGAUCAUCGGAAUGUUUUUCCAGGACGGCUUGACCGGCUCCGCCUGGGGCGACUGGGCGCUCUACACGGGGUCUCCGUUGCGCGCGUUCGAGAGCGAGCUGGGCGUGCAGGCCCCAUUCGGUUAUUGGGACCCGGCCGGCCUGAGCAAGGACGGCGAUACUGAGGCCUUCAAGAGGCGCCGCGUCACUGAGAUCAAGCACGGGCGCGUGUCCAUGUGGGCGUGUAUGGGCUACAUCUCCCCUGAGUACUUCAAGUGGCCGGGGUAUUGCUCCCCGUCCAAGGGCCUCAAGUUUGCGGACAUCCCCAAUGGUCUCGCAGCACUCUCCAAGAUUCCAGGCGCGGGAUGGGUCCAGAUCUUCCUGUUCUGUGGCCUGCUCGAGAAGGGCCUGUUCGUGUACGACCCAUCGAGGGCCCCGGGUGACUAUGAAAACGGUGGCGUGCUGGGCGUGCCCAACGGCAGUACUUUGCCUGCUGGGGAGCUUAAAUCCCGCAAGCUGAAUGCGGAGAUCGCGAAUGGAAGGCUGGCGAUGAUGGCGAUCAUAGGCAUGUUCUAUCAGGAUGGCUUGACCGGCUCUGCAUGGGGAGACUGGGCGCUCUACACCGACUCUCCGUUGCGCGCGUUCGAGAAGCGAGCUGGGCGUGCAGGCCCCAUUCGGUUAUUGGGACCCGGCCGGCCUGAGCAAGGACGGCGAUACUGA